AUGGCUGGCAAUACCACGGUACGUGAGUACUGGCGAUAUUUUCGCCAAUUCGUUCCUUACUACCUACUUGCAUUCGUCACGCUAGCUCACUUUGUAUACACCGAGGUGACGUGGGUUCCCAACAUGGACAAAUCCUUCAUAAUAGACACGGAGUCGAUAUCGAAGUCGUACGUGGAGCGCGAGCUCGUGACUUCUGAGCUUUGUUUAGCAUUAACGGUGCUCGUGCCCAUGUGCGUUUGUCUAGCAUACUGUUCGAGCAAGACCACAGACUGGAAGCGCUCGAACGUGAGCAGGAACUUUGAGCGGGCCGCGUGGAUGCAGCCUUCCCCGCACCGCUUCCACUGCGCCAUGGUGCUCAUGUGGGCCUGCAUCGGCGUCACAGCCAUGCUCACCAACGUGCUCAAGUUCUCCAUCGGGAACUUGCGUCCGGAUUUCGUCGAGCGCUGCAUACCCAUCCAGACGGCCACCACGCGCACGCCCGUGCGCGUCAGCGACACGUGCUCCCAGCCUGACCUCGCCCUACUCAUCGAGGGCAUGAAGUCCACACCCUCGGGCCACAGCAGCAUGAUCACGUGCAGCUGCUUCUUCGCAUGGGUCUGGAUCCACGACCACGUGACUCAUAUCUCCCUCUCCCGCAAAUCUAUCCUAUGGCUCCCGCUGCUGGCGCUCGGUGUGAUGGUGUCGCGCGUCGUCGACCACCGGCACCACUGGUACGACGUGGUGUUUGGGUGCGUCCUCGGCCUCCUCACCGUCGCCGCCAUCUACUACGGCGUGCCUCAGAAAAACCCCUCCUCCUCCUCCUCCCAGAGUGACCCGGACUCGCUCCCCACGUGA